AUAAUACAUGACAUGUUGCAUCAUUUUCACAACACAACAAAGAAAGAAACAAAGAAACACACACACCCAUUAAGUUUAUUAACAACAACAUCAUCAAAAACUCGUGAGAUUAAUUUUAAUGGCAACCCGGGUGAUCCCUCCGAGAAUGAUCCUCAAGAACAUCCGUUACAACACCGCAACAAAGCCACUCAAAACCACUCACCCAUCCCUCUCUCCUGUCACCGCUACCGCAUCACUCGUCAAGAAGCCGUCGUCUCCUGCUACGGAUGCUUGGGCAUCAUUUGCCCAAGCAUCCGUAACAACGGAGACGGCGGCCCUGAAUUUGGAGGACGCGGAGCAGCUGUUCGCGUCGGUGUCGACGCGAAAAUUGCUCCAGUCCUCUGCAGUUAUGCAUGCGACAGCUGUGGGGCCCGUGGUGGACCUGGGAAUGAGGGUGAUGAAGUCUCGGGUGUUCCAGAGCGGGGUGCUGAGGAAUCUCCUCAUGGCUGCCACGAAAGAGACGUUCUACGCGCAAUUCUGCGCCGGCGAGGACGCCGCCACCGCCGGACGGAGCAUCAGCGCGCUCAACGAGGUCGGCUUACGUGGCAUGCUGGUGUACGGUGUGGAAGACGCACAUGAAAACGAUGGGUGUGACAGAAACCUCAAAGGGUUCCUUCACACUGUGGAUGUUAGCAAAUCGCUUCCACCAUCCUCUGUGAGCUUUGUCAUUGUGAAAAUCACUGCAAUAUGUCCCAUGGCAUUGCUAGAGAGAAUGAGUGACCUUCUAAGAUGGCAACAAAGAGACCCUUCAUUCGUUUUGCCAUGGAAGCAAGAUUCCCUCCCAAUUUUUGCGGAAUCUAGCCCUUUGUACCACACACAGAAGAGACCAGAGCCUCUAACCCCAGAAGAAGAGAGUGAUCUUCAACUUGCCAACCAAAGACUCCUUGAACUUUGCCAAAGAUGUGAGGAAGCCAACAUGCCUUUGUUGGUUGAUGCAGAACACACCACGGUUCAACCGGCUAUCGAUUACUUCACAUACUCUUCUGCCAUUAGGCACAACAAGGAUGACAACCCCAUUGUGUUUGGAACUAUUCAGACUUAUUUGAAAGAUGCUAAGGAGAGGUUGUUGCUGGCAACAAAGGCAGCAGAGAAAAUGGGAGUUCCAAUGGGAUUCAAAUUGGUGAGGGGUGCCUACAUGUCCAUAGAGAGUAAAUUGGCUGAGUCGUUUGGGUAUGCAUCCCCAGUUCACAAUACUAUUCAGGACACACACAAUUGCUUCAAUGACUGCUCAUCAUUUAUGCUUGAGAAGAUUGCUAAUGGAAUCGGUUCAGUUGUUCUUGCAACCCACAAUAUUGAAUCAGGAAAAUUGGCUGUGGCAAAGGCACAUGAAUUGGGUGUCGGUAAGGUGAACCACAAGCUAGAAUUUGCACAAUUAUAUGGAAUGUCAGAGGCACUUUCCUUUGGUUUGAACAAUGAAGGAUUUCAAGUAAGCAAAUAUAUGCCAUUUGGACCCGUAGAUAUGGUUAUGCCUUACCUCCUGAGAAGGGCUGAAGAGAAUAGAGGACUCUUGGCUGCUUCAGGUUUUGAUAGGCAACUAAUGAGAAAGGAGUUGGCAAGAAGACUAAAAGCUGCAGUGUUCUAAAUUAGUCAGGAAGCGGAAUUCAUUGACUUUUUGUAUAGAGAAUUUUAUAAUAUGAUGAAAUUGUGCAUUCAAUGAAAUGAAAAUCUGUUUGUUUUUUUUUUUU